CGCGUUGAAUGGAGGGCGAGGGAUUUCCAGGGGUCGGAAGGUGACUCCGCGGUGGAAAGGCCUGGCGGGGCACAGUGCAGGCUCGACUUGGGGCCCGGGAGCCCCGGGAGAAUCCCCUGCUCUGGAGGUGGAGGGUGGUAGGACUCAUAGUAGGCGUCUGGGUUUUUGCUUCAAGCCGAGAACUGAGGGGACGAAUCAAGAGGGAUUUCUUUCCAAGGAAAUCCUCUCUAAAAGGGAUCCCCGUUUCCGUAGCAGAAACGAUGCUCUCGCACCAUCCCUUUCUUUCCCAGCGUUCCCGACUUCCAGAAGUCAUUGCCAAUAGUAGGCAUCCUUUGUGGAGCUUAUUGGAGUGGGGGAUUUGUAUCCUUCGGGAGAGUGGGGGGGAUAGCUUCCACCUCCUCCAUCUGUACACAAACUGCCCCUCCCCCAGCCUCCCGCAGGAAGUGGCCGGGAAAUGGCAGCUGUGCGUUCGAUGCUGCGUCUCUUGUUUUGAAAUGUCCAUUUUAAUCUGAUUUGGUUUCAUUUUCUUUGGCAUUCUGGGCAAGCUUGGGCCUUGCGAGACGUAUGGCCUGAGAGAUCUUUCAUUACACUUUUUCCCUGUAACAUUUAUUUAUCAACCAGCAGUCGACUACAGUUGACCCCAUUGAUCUUGAUUCUGCUUUGUAGGACUGUCUCUUCUGGACCCUCCUCCCCCUGCCGCCCCAAGUUGGAGGUCAUAAAGAAUCAAACUGAGUUAUCACCAGAAGUGAUCACCAUUCAGUACAAUCGAUGCAGGGAGAUUCAGUGUAGAAAGCUGCCAAGAGUACUUGGGAUCUUUAUGGAAUCAAUGGCUUUCUUGAUCCUGCUUAAUGUUUUUUUUGUUUUUUUUUUUUAAGUAUGACGGUUGCUUCAUAGCAGAGCUUCUGUGCAAAUAAGUUUACAAGGAGAAGGGGAAAUGGGGAAGAUGUAUGUUUAUGAUUUGUAUAAGUGGAUGGGGACAGAUGAUUAGUCAGAGGGUUCAGCUUGUUCCUCAGUGGUGAGUCUCGCCUAGGCCUCCAGGGAAACCUAUUCGUUUACUUGGGUUCCAGGAACUUUUACCUUCUAUAGAACUAAAUAGGGGAAUUUGCUAUUAUGACUUAAUUCUUGUUUAUAAAAGAACAUUUCUUGAAGUGGGUUUUUUUUCCUCUUCUGUGUGCCCGCAUUUUUAUUAUUAUUAUUAUUUUCUUUCUACUUUCUGUGUAUGGGAGUUUUGUCUGCAUGUAUGUCACGGGUGGGCCUACAAAAAACCUGAAGCAGGCUUCAAAUCCCCUGGAACUGGGGUUAAAAGGUGGUUGUGGGUUCUAGGAAUUGAAUCCCAAUCCUCUGGAAGAGCAGCUCUUAACUGCAGAAACCAUCUCUCCAGCCCAAAAUAAUGUAUUUUUAUUAUUUUUAGUUAUGGGCCUGCAGGGGCUAGAAAGAUGGCUCAAUGGUUGAGAGCACUGACUGAAUUGAAGAUUGGGGUUUCAAUUCCCAGCAGCCACAUGGCAGCUCACAACUUCAGAAAUUCCAGUUCCAGGGAAUCCAACAUUCUCCUGAAGACAUGCAUACACAAAAUGCGAGCGCACAUAAAAAAUUAUUUUAAAAAUAUAUGAGUGUGUGUAUAGAUGUAUGCUUGUGGGUACACAAGGCUCAUGGAGGUCAGAGGGUCUGAACCAAACUGGGAGAUCUUUUUUGUUUUGCUUUUGUUUUUCAAGACAGGGUUUCUCUGUGAAGCUGCAGCUGUCCUGGAACUUUAGACCAGGCUAGCCUUGAACUUCGAGAUCCUCCUGUCUUUUGCAGGAAUUAAAAGGCAUGCUCCACUGCUCAGCUGAGAUCUUUUUUUAUAUUAUUUAUUUCUAUUUUGAAACAGGGUUUCACUAUAUAGCCUUGUUUGUCUUAGAACUCCCUAAGUAGACCUGGCUGGCUUCAAACUCUGAGAGAUCUGCCUAUCUUAACCACCUGAGGGCUGGGAUUAAAAGGUAUGCCAUUGUACUGCAGAGACUUUGUUUUGUUUUUUAUUUAUCAUCAUGAACUUUUUGAAGUUUAGGUUGGCUUUGGGCUUAGAAUAAUCCUUCUGCCUUUUUUCCCCUCUCAAAUGCAGAACAGAGUCCACCACCCUGUCACUGUGGGAUGAAUCUCCAAUUUUUUUUUUCUUUGAAUUUCCCUAUCCACCAUCACCCCUACGACAGUGUAGAACUGUAGGUAACCCUCGCUGCCCUGGAGUUCUCUAUGUAGACCAGGCUGACCUCAAAUUUACAGAGAUGUGCCUGCCUCUGCCUCCCAAAUUAAGGGAUUAGGUGUGUGCCCCAUUCCUGGCUAGAUCCCAUUUCGUUGGCUUUUGUUAGGGACAAGAGUUUAAAUAUUGAGAAAUGAAAUAAAAAGAUCAUUUGAACUACUCUGAAAACUACGUACACCUGUCAUUGAAAUCAUGAUUUUUUUUUUCAGUCAGAAACUUGUCAGCUGCAUAUAAAUCCAUAGAUUAAAGAUGUAGCCUAGGAACAGGCAUACAUAAUUUUUGUGAAAAAAAGCAUCUUUAUAAAGUAAGAUGGAAUCAUUGCUUUGAUGGGUGGCUGAUAAUCCGAAACAGUAAAAUCAAGUGUGUCUGGCCUGGUGUCUCUGACAUAGACUGGUAGAUUCAUCUGGUUUGUCUUCUGAUGUAGAUAGCACCAGGUAUCAGGCAUCUGGGUGAUAGGAACUGUUUUAUGUAUGUGCUGGGAAUUUAAUUCAGGGUCUCACAGUGCUAUGCUUUACCGUUUUAGUACUUGAAGGGCACAUUUAUUUGAUGUAGUUAUGUUUGCCACAGGGUGUGGGUGGAAAUCGGAGGACAGCUUUAGGAGUCAGUUCAGUCCUACACUGUGAGUUUUGAGGAUUGAACUCAGAUUUGGCAGCGAGUGCCUUAAAUCACUAAGCCUCCUCACCGGCCCUACCACAUUGAUUAACUUCUCCUGUCUUUAACUGUUACUUAAAUUGGGACCUGGCAGAAUAGUAAAUUGAUUUUUCUUUGUUGGGGUCAAAAAAGGGAAGCGAUGUGGAAAUACGAGUUUAUUGACAAGAGCACUGUUUUGUUUUGUUUUGUUUUUUUUGACAUAGGGUUUCUCUGUGUAGCCCUAGCUGUUCUGGACUCUAUAUAGACCAGGCUGGCCUUGAAUUUACGGAGAUCUAUCUGCCUCUGCUUUCUGCUUUGCUGGGAUUAAAGGUGAGCACUGCCACCACCCCACCUGUGUUCUAUUUUUAAGCCUUUACCUGAAAAGUCAGUGGUAUAAAUAGAGCUAGAUGGGCUGACCUCAGCCUCUCAGAAGUCUCGAAGACUCUGAGGCUCAUUUGGAAGUCUGUUGUACUGGAGUUAGGUGUGGCCAAGAGAGAAAUGGUGUCAUCUUGAUGGUAACCUUUGCUUUCACCUUUGAAGAAAUCAAUCCAAACUACUAUAUUCAUACACUGUUAGAUGUAAAGUUAUUAACUGGUAUAGUGGCUGGUCUUGUGUGUAAAGUGAGACAGUAAUGUGAGUUUUGUAAAAAAAUAAUUUAUUUAAUUUUUAUUUUAUGUGCAUUAGUGUGAAGGUGUCAGAUCCCUUGGAAUUGGCGUAACAGACAGUUGUGGGCAGCCAUGUAGGUGCUGGGAAUUGAACCUGGAUACCUUUGGAAGAGCAGACAGCGCUCUUAACCACUGGGCCAUCUCUCCAGCCCCCCAAGUAAUAAAUGGAGGCAAACGACCACUUUAACUUCACUGGCCUUCCCCCUGCACCAGCUGCCUCAGGACUGAAACCCUCUCCUUCUUCAGGGGAGGGCCUCUACACUAACGGGUCUCCCAUGAACUUUGCCCAGCAAGGGAAAAGUUUGAAUGGGGAUGUGAAUGUUAAUGGCUUAUCUACUGUAUCUCACACUACUACUUCAGGGAUUUUGAACUCUGCUCCCCACUCCUCCAGCACUUCACACCUCCAUCACCCUAACGUGGCCUACGACUGUCUUUGGAACUACUCACAGUACCCAUCUGCCAAUCCUGGCAACAACCUCAAGGACCCUCCCCUUCUUUCUCAGUUCCCUGGGGGACAAUACCCACUCAAUGGUAUCCUUGGGGCCAGCCGACAACCUUCGUCCCCAACCCACAACACUAAUCUUCGAGCUGGGAGCCAAGAGUUCUGGGCCAAUGGUACCCAGAGUCCCAUGGGGCUUAACUUCGAUUCACAGGAACUGUAUGAUUCUUUUCCUGAUCAGAAUUUUGAGGUGAUGCCCAAUGGACCCCCAAGUUUUUUCACCUCCCCACAGACUUCUCCAAUGUUGGGAUCUAGUAUCCAGACCUUUGCACCUUCCCAGGAUGUAGGCAGUGGGAUCCAUCCUGAUGAGGCAGCAGACAAGGAGCUGACUUCAGUUGUGGCAGAAAAUGGCACUGGCUUGGUAGGCAGCCUGGAGCUGGAGGAAGAGCAGCCAGAACUCAAGAUCUGUGGCUACAAUGGUUCUGUCUCGUCUGUGGAGUCUUUACACCAAGAGGUCUCUGUGCUGGUUCCUGAUCCCACAGUGAGCUGUCUAGAUGAUCCAUCACAUCUUCCUGAUCAACUGGAAGACACUCCAAUCCUCAGUGAAGACUCCCUUGAGCCCUUUGACUCUCUGGCAGCAGAACCAGUGAGUGGAGGUCUUUAUGGUAUAGAUGACACAGAGCUGAUGGGUGCAGAAGACAAGCUGCCUCUUGAAGACAACCCUGUAAUCUCUGCCCUUGAUUGCCCUUCUCUCAAUAAUGCUACUGCCUUCAGCCUCCUGGCAGACGACAGUCAAACAUCAGCCUCUAUCUUUGUCAGCCCAACCUCCCCACCUGUCUUAGGGGAAUCUGUCUUGCAAGAUAAUAGCUUUGACUCUGAACAGGAAGAAAUGGAGACUCAGUCUUCAGACUUCCCUCCUCCCCUGACUGAGCCAGCCCCUGACCAACCACCUACUGUUGAGCUACAUCCCUCAGUUUCUCCAGCAGCCUCUCCAGCUGCAUGUGCCUCUCCCGCUGCCUCGCCUGCCCUCCCAGCCAGCUCGUUGGAAGCCUCUGUGACAGCUCCAGUGACUUCUCAAGCUUUCCCUGUACCUUGCCCAGCAGCUGCCGUCCAGACAGUCUCCCCAGCAGAUGACAAUGUCAGCACUGUCCCUGAAACUUCUGCUGAUCAGGAAGAGAUCACUGGAGAAACUGCCACCAUUUCUGGUGGUGGUGAUGUACUGAAGAGACGCAUUGCUACCCCAGAAGAAGUUCGUCUUCCUCUCCAACAUGGGUGGCGGAGAGAAGUGCGCAUAAAGAAGGGGAGCCAUCGGUGGCAGGGGGAGACUUGGUAUUAUGGCCCCUGUGGGAAGAGAAUGAAGCAAUUUCCAGAAGUUAUCAAGUACCUGAGCCGAAAUGUGGUACACAGUGUCCGCCGUGAGCACUUUAGCUUCAGUCCCCGUAUGCCUGUUGGAGAUUUCUUUGAAGAAAGAGAUACACCAGAGGGCUUGCAGUGGGUCCAAUUAUCAGCAGAGGAGAUUCCAUCCAGAAUUGAAGCAAUCACUGGCAAACGAGGUCGACCUCGAAACAAUGAGAAGGCCAAAAACAAGGAGGCUCCCAAAGUGAAGCGGGGCCGAGGCCGGCCUCCUAAGGUCAAAGUGCCUGAGCUAUUGAAUGCUACAGACAGCCGGCUUCCAAGAAAACCGGAGACCCAAGAAGCACUGAAUGAGGAGGAGAAAGCAAAGAUGAGUAAAAGCAAAAAGAAGAUGAGGCAGAAGAUUCAGCGGGGAGAGGGUCAGACCUCUGUCCAAGGGCAGCCCAAGCAGAGAUGCUUUCAGAGUUUGAGGAGAAAUGACUUCCCUUAUGGUUUACAGGCCAGAAGCAAGAGGAAGCAAGACAGCAAGAGCUUAAAGCUGAGGGACACUAAGAAGAAAGUCAAGGUAGAAAAGAUGAAGACAAAGCCGGAAAAACUCAAGGAAAAAGUGAAGAGGGAAAAGAAAGAAAAGGUAAAAGUGAAGGGAAAGGAAGAGGCAGCCAGAGCCAAACCAGCCUGUAAAGCAGAUAAGACCCUUGUCACACAAAGGCGUCUGGAGGAACGGCAGAGGCAGCAGGUUAUCCUGGAAGAGAUGAAGAAGCCCACAGAGGAUAUGUGUCUGACUGACCAUCAGCCCCUGCCUGACUUCACACGCAUCCCUGGUUUGGCACUGUCCAGUCGGGCUUUCUCAGAUUGCUUGACCGUCAUGGAGUUCCUGCAUAGUUUCGGCAAAGUGCUCGGCUUUGACCUUACCAAAGACGUUCCUAGUCUGGGCGUCCUUCAGGAGGGACUCUUGUGUCAAGGGGACAGCUUAGGCAAAGUGCAAGACCUGCUGGUGCAGCUGCUGAAGGCUGCCCUUCGUGACCCCGGGCUGCCCUCCUACUGCCAGUCACUAAAGAUCUUGGGUGAGAAGGUGUCUGAGAUCCCAUUGACCAGAGACAAUGUGUCUGAGAUAUUACGCUGCUUCCUCAUGGCAUAUAGAGUGGAGCCAUCCUUCUGUGACAGUCUGCGCACCCAGCCUUUUCAGGCCCAACCACCUCAGCAGAAGGCUGCUGUUCUAGCCUUCCUUGUGCAUGAACUCAACGGCUCCACCAUUAUCAUCAAUGAGAUUGACAAGACUCUGGAGAAUAUGUCUAGCUACAGGAAAAACAAAUGGAUUGUUGAAGGCCGACUCCGGAGACUGAAAACUGCUCUGGCCAAGCGAACUGGGCGUCCUGUGGCUGUGAUGGAGGGGCCAGAAGAUGGCCUGGGACGUAGGCGUAGUUCUCGAAUUAUGGAGGAAACCAGUGGCAUAGAAGAGGAAGACGAGGAGGAAACUAUGGCAGCUGUCCAUAGCCGAAGGGGUCGAAGGGAUGGAGAGGUUGAUGCUACAGCGUCUAGCAUUCCAGAGCUCGAGCGCCACAUAGAAAAGCUCAGUAAGCGUCAGCUCUUCUUUAGGAAAAAGCUGCUUCAGUCUUCCCAGAUGCUUCGGGCAGUCUCCUUGGGCCAGGACCGCUACAAACGCCAUUACUGGGUAUUGCCAUGUCUGGCUGGUAUCUUUGUGGAAGGAUCAGAGGGAUGCAUAGUUACUGAAGAUGGAAUAAAGAAAGAAACCGAGUCUUUGAUGGAAGCACUCACUUCAACACCCAGCUCUGCCGUCUCUGUAAAGAAGGAGUCAGCUGGCUCCAACACCUCUGCUUCUCCUGCCCGGUCCCGAGGCCGACCUCGAAAGUCCAAGCCCGGGUCCCUGCAGCCUCGGCAGCAGCUCACGCCAACCAUUGGGGAGCAUGAUUCAGAACAAGCAGAGACUCAAGUUCACCCAGGACCUCAGCCCCAUCCUCAGCUUCAGGCUUCUACCCAGCUCCACUCAAACAAUGGGUUCCUAGAGCCAGAAGGCUCCCCUUUGUCCCUGGGUCAGAGCCAGCAUGACCUCAGCCAGUCCGCCUUCCUGUCUUGGCUAAGCCAGACUCAGAGCCACAACUCCCUGCUGAGCAGUUCAGUCCUCACACCCGAUAGCAGCCCAGGAAAAUUGGACUCCGCUCCAUCUCAGUCCCUGGAGGAGCCAGAGCCUGAUGAGGCAGAAUCCUGCCCUGACCCUCAAGGUCCCUGGUUUAACUUCUCAGCUCAGAUCCCCUGCAAUGCUGCUCCUACACCUCCCCCUGCAGCUUCUGAGGACCAGCCUCCUCCCUCCCUCCAGCUGCCUGCCUCCUCUAAGUCAAUAAAUACACCUGGUGCUGCCAGUCUCUGUUCCCCAGUGCAGUUCUCUUCCACCCACUUGCCUGGAGGGGCCUCUAAGAGGCCAUCAGGAUACUCUGAAGAAAUGCCACAAAGUCCCACAGGGCUAGGACAACCAAAGCGCAGAGGGAGGCCUCCUAGCAAGUUCUUCAAGCAGGUGGAGCAGCGUUACUUAACCCAGCCGACAGCCCAGCCUAUCCCCCCUGAAAUGUGCUCGGGCUGGUGGUGGAUCCGAGAACCUGAGACACUGGAUGUCAUGCUCAAGGCACUGCAUCCCCGAGGUAUUCGGGAAAAGGCACUUCACAAACAUCUUAGCAAGCACAAGGACUUCUUGCAGGAAGUUUGCUUACAGCCCUUAGCUGAUCCCAUCUUUGAGCCUAGUAAGCUACCUGCCUUGGAAGAAGCAACUAUGAGCUGGUCCCCCAAAGAGAAGACUUACGAGACAGACCUGGCUGUGCUUCAGUGGGUGGAGGAGCUAGAACAGCGGGUUGUCCUUUCUGAUCUGCAGAUUCGGGGUUGGACAUGUCCUAGCCCAGACUCUACCCGAGAGGACUUGACCUACUGUGAGCAUCUACCUGACUCUCAGGAGGAUCUCCCUUGGAGGGGCCGGGGCAGGGAAGGAGCCGUCCCUCAGCGGCAGAACACCAAUCCUCUGGACCUUGCUGUGCUGCGGCUGGCUGUCCUGGAGCAGAACGUGGAGCGGCGUUACUUGCGGGAACCCCUCUGGGCCGCCCAUGAGGUGGUGGUGGAGAAGGUCCUGCUGAGCACACCCAAUGGUGCCCCUGAAGGCAGCACUGCUGAGAUAUCCUACGAGAUCACCCCUCGUGUGCGUGUCUGGCGGCAGACACUUGAGAGAUGCCGCAAUGCAGCCCAGGUGUGCUUGUGCCUGGGCCAGCUGGAAAGGUCCAUCGCGUGGGAGAAGUCUGUCAACAAAGUGACCUGUCUCGUCUGCCGGAAGGGUGACAAUGAUGAAUUUCUCCUGCUCUGUGAUGGAUGUGAUCGAGGCUGCCACAUUUACUGUCAUCGGCCCAAGAUGGAGGCUGUCCCAGAAGGGGACUGGUUCUGUGCUGUGUGUCUGGCCCAACAGGUGGAAGAAGAAUUCACCCACAGACCUCGUUUCCUAAAACGAGGUCAGAAGCGGAAAAGUAGUUUUCCACUGAACUUCUCAGAGGGUGACAGUCGGAGGCGACGGGUACUGUCAAGGAGCCGAGAGAGCCCAGCAGUGCCUCAGCGCCCACAAGAUGGGCCAUCUCCCUCCAAGAGACGGAGAUUGUCAAUGAGAAGCCAGCACAGCGAUCUCACAUUCUGCGAGGUCAUCCUCAUGGAGAUGGAGUCCCAUGAUGCAGCCUGGCCUUUCCUGGAGCCUGUGAACCCUCGCCUGGUGAGUGGGUACCGGCGUGUCAUCAAGAACCCUAUGGACUUUUCCACCAUGAGAGAGCGGCUGCUCCGGGGAGGGUACACUAGUUCGGAGGAGUUCGCUGCUGAUGCCCUGCUGGUUUUUGACAACUGCCAGACCUUCAACGAGGACGACUCUGAAGUGGGCAAGGCUGGGCAUAUCAUGCGCCGCUUCUUUGAGAGCCGCUGGGAGGAGUUUUAUCAGGGAAAGCAGGCCAGUCUGUGAGGCGAGGGAGGUGGGAGUCACCGUGUGGCACCUUCUCCAACCUUCCAAACAGAGACCUGCCAUUCGCACCUGCUGAUUGGCUGCCCUGGGUGGACACAGGUCAGACAGUGCUGAUUCCUGACUCUGCCCUCAGCAGCACCCACAUCCUCUUGUCCCUAAUCCCUUUUUUCCCUUCCUCCUCUUGCUCCUCAAAUAAGAGAUGCAGAGAUGAGGUCCUUCUGGACGGAAAGCCAAAAAAGAAAGAAAUUUCCUGGGUUUUUUGUUUUGUUUUGUUUUUGUUUUUGUUUUUUCCCUAAUUAAAAUGGAGAGGGGUGAAGAAGUCCUCCCCGGUCCCAGCUUCCUCCUUCCCUAUACAUGCCCCAGCAUCCUGGGGUUAUUUAACAAUAGCAAUAGUUCUAGUGAAUGUGUGAAACCAAGAAACACUCUGUACUGUGUGCGGACCCGCAGUGACGGCCAGUAAAGUGGACUUAAUUCCCAAGUGUGUCGAGCCGGACACCGGGCCCUGAACAUGCUGCUUCCAUGUUCAGUCCUUUCCCUGCUCUCGCUUUUUCUCACUUUUUUUUUUUCUUACUCUUCCCAGUUUUUACAACUUUGUCCCACCCAAUAAUAUAAAACUGUCGUGUACGGGUUCUUCCUUUCCCUUCCCAGCCCCCAUCUUCUUCCCCUUAUGUGGAAACAAAGUUCAGAGUUCCCUGUCUUUCUGUCCUCAUCUUCUGCCAAUAGUUAACCCUCUAGGAUGCUGGCCCCUCCUCGAGUGCUGAGUUUCUAGCCUUUUCUGAAACUCUGGCUGGGGAGUGGGCAGGUGGGCAGGUGCCCUGGGCCUUCAGGCCUCUUUCCCUGCUCCCCAAACCUCCCUCUUGGGAACUCCUCAGGGACAACUACUGCUGAGUCUGAGUGCUCCUCCCAGAUGGAGGCCAGGUAGCAAUUGGCUGGCCUCAGAGAGAGGGGGAGAGAGAGGUGGUGUGUUUGUGUGUGUGUGUGAGUGUGUGAGUGUGAGUGCGCGUGCGUGCGUGCGCACUUGCACACAAAUAAGAGCUGUGAUCGUAAUCCUGUUUAGUGUAAUGAGAUUCAUUCAGUUUCCCCAAAUAUGUUUUUAUUCCCACCUUUCCCAUUGUUUCAUACCAUCACAUUUUGUCUUUGGGAAAACAUGGGAACUGUUUCUCUGGGGACAAGGCUCAUGGUCAUUUCUGUUCCAGCCUCUUCAAACUGUGCAAUCUUUCCAGCAGGCACUCCCUCUCCUCAGUAGCUUUUUGAGUCUUGAGCUUUUGCUGGGAGAGGAGUAGAACUGGAUCUUUCCUAAACCAUGAGUAUCUAGGUUUAGUUGUGUUUUCCUUCCUCACAUAUACUGCCUGUCCCCAGGACUCCUUCCCCAGCAGCAGAGACCCUGGAGCACAUGAUGUGCAAAGGGUCUACCCCUGCCCUGUGUGUGACUAAGCCCAGCUUAAGCCCCCAGCAUGUGAGAGGAGAGCUGCUAACUCUGAGCUAUAGCCAUGGGCCGCCGGCCCCUGCUUUCCUGCUCAGCACAGCCCCUCCCAUCAGAAAUUACGGGUACUUGCACUGGGGAGGUGGCUGCUAGCUGGCCUAAGCAGAGAGCUGAGGCAUCCAAGCAAUGUUCCGUGGUGGGCAGAGGGUGCCAGGUGAGGUGCAGCAUUCCUUGUACUCCAGCAGUACUGAAGGGGUGGGGCCAGUGCAGGUUCCUGGGCAGUCCCUAUUCCUCUCAACUCACCCUCACCCCACUCCCUAACCCCAUUGCCUAUUUCUAAAGUCGCCUUUUUUGUCGAUAAACCUCAAAACUUAAUUUUAUUUGAGAAAUUUUUUUGCUUUUAAAUAAGAGGUGGAUUGAAGAAUAUUUGAAUUGACUUUAUAUUAUGCAUAAAUAUUUAUAUUUUAUCUAAAUAACUGCGCCGUAACAAACUUUGUGUUAGAUGUUUGGAACUGUUAUAGUUGGGGACAACUUCUUCCCCCGUGGCGAGUUUCCCCCAGCAUAAAAUGUACUGGAGUCAUUCAUUAUUGGAGGUGAACGGAAGGGAGAGUGGAGCCUUAGCUCUUGGCCUUGUGCUCCUCUCCCAGCCCCACCUCUUCCCCGAGGGACCAGGCACUCUGAAGGUGGAGGUCCUAGACUUGAUGUGAAGAAGUGGGGGCUGAAGGGAUUAUGGGGUAGGAGAGGGGCCAUUUCUCACUUUUCUUUCCUCAUCUUCACUGCCCCUCAGCCAGGUGGAUUUUCUCUUACUGACAAAGAGUAUUUGGUAGGGAAAGCAGGUUAAAAAUAAAAGACAACCCACCCUGCCCCUUGUGUUCCCUCCCCUCUGUGGUAACAGCAAGAAACCAUCAACACCAACAAGUUUCCGUGUUCCUUUACAACAAAAGGGACUGACUUUUUAUAUAACCAAAUGUGGUGUUUUAGUGACUUUUUGAUAAUGUACAGUUUUUUGUGAAUUUAAAUUUAUUUCUUUCUAUAUUUUUAGGACCAAUCUCAUUUUUAAUAAGGUUUAAAAAAAAAGUCUAGAGAAAAAAAACCUCGUUUUUGCCAUGUGAUGUUCCACAGGUGUGGCUGUAGAGAAGUGCUUGUCAUUGAAUAAACCACAUUUGAUAGAGACUAAAGAA